AUGUUUCUGCUCUGCACCAGGCGGCGUAGCCAAAUCGACCGGAAGUCACCUGGAUUCCUGGUGCAGGUCCGAGGGAGGAGAUCUCCACAUGCAGAAAGCCUGAGAAAAUUCUUGAGCAAGAGCUGGCGGCACCAGCUGUGGGUGCCUGGUCAGCACACUGGCCACACGCCCUCGGUCAGCCCUGCACGCUCUCCUGGAAGGGUGCUAGGCAAACACAGAGGAACCAAUGUCGCCACACCAAAUGCCAACCUUGGCACCAACUUCUGUGAAAUAACAGAAAUCAUCACAACUUCUCUUGAAGGCAAAACCAAUGGUGUGAUGUCAUUAAUGGAAGAGGGUAAAGGACCUGGAAUCUUGGCAACCAUUGAACCUCACACCACUGGAGACCACACUCUCGCUCAGCCAGACAGGCGACCAGAGAGCUCCGCAGAGGUGUCCUCCAGACAGAAAGGUGCAUGGGAAGAGCUUUCUUCAGAUCAAAAGAGCAGCUUUUUCCAGACAAAGAAAGCUCCAGGAAACAAGAGCCCCCUGGUCCCUAGUUCUGCCUCUGCAAAGAUUGUCCCUGAGCAGAGAACCAAGAGGAAGUGGUGGCAGAAGAGGAAGAGACUGACCGAUAUCAAGGCAGCUACCUCCCAGCUGAAGUUCUGCAACAAGAAGGGACAGAAGAGGAAUAUGUGGACUGUCAACUAUGUUGAGGGAACAAAACUCAGGAUGAACAAGAGGAGAUGGCCCAGUUACCGCCCAGAAGAUCAAGAAGCAUUCUACCGACUUUUAGAGGAUCCUGUCAUCCAGAGCUUCCUGGAAGCUGACAUCUUCCUCAAAGUGUCUGACAAGUACCUGCUCUCCAUGGUGGUGGAGUACUUUGGCCGUGUGGGUUUACCUGGACACCUCUACAACAGGAUCCACUUCUUCCUGGCGCUCUACAUCGCUUCAGACAUGGAGGAGGACAACCCCACAUCCAAGCGGAGCAUCUUUCAGUUUCUGCUGGGCAAAGAGCACUGGGCAGACCUCUAUAAAGACUUCCUAAGGCUCAAAGUGGAAUUCUUUCACGCCAUGGGCCACCGAGCCUGGGUUACUCCAGAGCUGUGCGAAGAGAUUCAGGCCCAGAAUCCACAUCAUUGGGUCUGGAGCAGAGCACGUCAGGGUGCUGCAUAG